AUGGGCGUUUUGUGGAUAUUGCUACUCAUCACAAGCACCGCAAUACGGACAAAGACAUGGUAUCUGGUUGCUGUCGGAUUCGUAGGAAUGGCACAGAACUUGUUCCUCGGUGCUGUUGUUCGUUCAGAGAUCAUCUCGGAACGAAAGGUCAUGUGGACUUUGAUGAGACUAGAGUUGAAGUACAAGGGAUUCGGCAAGACUCUUCUUCCAGAAUUCUUCCUGGGUAUUUUGAGAAAGGAGGAGACAGAUUGGUGGUCUUCGACUAACGAGGAAGAGAGAAAGAAGAUACUGGAGGAUGCCGUAGCGCGCUGA